AUGGUCGGCAAUACCCGGAAAACACAUGUGAACCGACCAAAAAUUACUAUAGUGGCCGCCCCCCGCGACGCUGAGAGCCAGAAGGUCGACAUCUGGAAGGACGUGCAGAACUACUACGGGCAGGUGCUGAAGACGUCGAAGGACCUCCGGACUAAUGCCUGCGUCACCGUGGCCAGGCCUGUACCCAAGCACAUCAGGGAAGCCCUGCAGAAUGUGCACGAAGAAGUUACCUUAAGGUAUUAUGGCUGUGGUCUGGUCAUCCCUGAGUGUCUGGAAAACUGCUGGAUUUUGGAUUUGGGUAGUGGAAGUGGCAGAGAUUGCUAUGCACUUAGCCAACUGGUUGGUGAGAAGGGCCACGUCACAGGCAUAGACAUGACUGAAGGCCAGGUAGAAGUGGCUAAAAAAUACCUUGACUAUCACAUGGAAAAAUAUGGCUUCCAGACAUCCAAUGUGACUUUUAUUCAUGGCUACAUUGAGAAGUUGGCAGAAGCUGGAAUUCAGAAUGAGAGUUACGAUAUUGUUAUAUCCAAUUGUGUUAUUAACCUUGUGCCUGAUAAAGAACAAGUGCUGCAGGAAGUGUAUCGAGUCCUGAAGCACGGUGGGGAGCUAUAUUUCAGUGACGUCUAUGCUAGCCUUGAAUUGCCAGAAGAAAUCAAGACACACAAAGUUUUAUGGGGUGAGUGCCUAGGUGGUGCUUUGUACUGGAAGGAUCUUUUCUUCCUUGCCCAAAAGAUUGGAUUCUGCCCUCCACGUUUAGUCACUGCCAAUCUCAUUACAAUUCAAAACAAGGAACUUGAAAGAAUCAUUGGUGAUUGUCGUUUUGUUUCGGCCACAUUUCGCCUCUUCAAACUCCCUAACACUGGACCAGUUGAAAGAUGCCAAACUGUUUACAAUGGAGGAAUCACAGGACAUGAAAAACAAUUAAUAUUUGAUGCAAAUUUCACAUUUAAGGAAGGUGAAAUUGUUGAAGUAGAUGAAGACACAGCAGCUGUCUUGAAGAAUUCACGAUUUGCUCAAGAUUUUCUCUUCAGACCAAUUGGAGACAAGUUGCCAGCAUCUGGAGGCUGUUUUGUGUUAGAGUCAAAGGAUAUUAUCACAGAUCCAUUCAAGCUUGCAGAAGAUUCUAACAAAAAGCCCAAGUGUGCCUCCAGUGUUGUUGGAGGCUGCUGUGGCAAAAAGAGAAGCUGCUAAAUAAAUCUACAACCAACUAGGAGACCACGCGACUGAAGAACAACAGGCUGCAUGUUUUUAGCUUGCUCUUCCCCAUAGCACAUAGGAAUAAAUGGUAAAAAAGG